AGAGCGGGGCGGGGAGCGGAGAAACAUCCUCCGAACAAUAUCGGCCGCGUUGACAUCCCUACAAACAACCUUCGCAGACUUGUGUCGCUGUGUAAGCACUUUCGUUUCGGCUUCUUCAGUCCAUAACAGUGGCAUUAGGGUUUGCAGAUUUUCAACUCCCUCAUACUCACAACCUCCAAAUGUCACAAUUUCCAAUUCCAAUUUAACCAUUCCCAAGCCAUAGCACAAUGAUUAAGGUUUCCAACCAUAUAAAUUUUCCACUCCUCAAAUGCGCAGCGUUCGCCAAAAUGUUAAGCACAAGCGACCAAAUUCCAGAUUUUGCAGAAGUAACAGAAACUGUAUGCAACGUUAUGAUGUCUUCUCCCACAGUCACACUCGACACCGCUCUUAACCAAACAGGGGUUAGGGUUUCUCCAGAAUUAGUUGAAACUGUCCUCAAGAGGUUCGAAAAUGCCGGAAUGUCGGCGUUUCGGUUCUUCGAAUGGGCCGAGAAUCAGCGAAACUACUCACAUUCGGUAAGGGCGUAUCACUUGAUGAUUGAGUCUUUGUUAAAGAUUAGGCAGUAUCAGAUUGUGUGGGACCUUGUUAAUUCUAUGAGGAAAAAGGGUAUGGUAAAUGUUGAAACUUUUUGUAUUAUCAUGAGAAAAUAUGCUAGGGCACAUAAGGUUGAUGAAGCUGUUUAUACUUUUAAUGUGAUGGAUAAAUAUGAUACGCCGCAGAAUCUUGCGGCUUUUAAUGGGCUGUUGAGUGCUUUGUGUAAGUCGAGGAAUGUGAGGAAGGCUCAGGAGAUUUUUGAUAGUAUGAAGGGCCGGUUUGAGCCGGAUUCGAAAAGUUUUAGUAUAUUGCUUGGAGGGUGGGGAAAGGAACCGAAUCUUCCGAAAGCUAGAGAGGUUUUCGGUGAAAUGGUUUGUGCGGGGUGUAGCCCUGAUAUUGUUACUUAUGGUAUAAUGGUUGAUAUUCUUUGUAAGGCUGGACGGGUUGAUGAAGCUGUCGAGGUUGUUAAGGAUAUGGAUGAUAAUAAUUGCAGGCCGACUUCGUUUAUUUAUAGUGUUCUUGUUAAUACUUAUGGAGUGGAGAAUCGGAUUGAGGAUGCUAUUGAUGCUUUCAUGGAGAUGGAAAGGAAGGGAAUUGAGGCGGAUGUUGUGGUGUAUAAUGCAUUGAUUGGUGCUUUUUGUAAGGCGAAUAAAUUAAAGAACGUGUAUAGGGUGUUAAGAGAGAUGGAAAGUAAGGGUAUUGCUCCGAAUUCAAGGACCUGUAAUGUUAUCAUGAGCAGUUUGAUUAGUCAAGGAGAGACUGAUAAAGCUUUUAGUGUUUUUCGCCGGAUGAUUAAACUGUGUGAACCUGAUGCUGACACGUAUACGAUGCUGAUAAAGAUGUUUUGUGAGAAGAAUGAAGUGGAUAUGGCUUUGAAAAUAUGGAGAUAUAUGAAGUCAAAACAGUUUGUCCCAAGCUUGCACACUUUUUCAGCCCUUAUCAAUGGACUGUGUCAAGAGGGAAAUGUUGUGAAAGCAUGUGUUUUGCUGGAAGAGAUGAUAGAGAAAGGAAUUCGACCAUCACGGAUUACAUUUGCAAAGUUAAGACAGUUACUUAUAAAGGAAGGGAGAGAAGAUGUGCUCAAAUUUCUGCACGAGAAGAUAAAUCUUCUAGUUAAGGAACCUUUGUAUGAUUAAACCAUGGAAGGCUGUUUGCAAUUGGAGUAAAGAAAAAUCUACGAGAGCACUAGCUGUGUCUCUUAACUAAGAACGGCAUCUUUAGAGGGAUAUUGGAUUUUUAAAGCAGGCGCUGUUGAAGACAUACAGAGGCUAUGAACCUAGAGAGCUGGUGUGAUAGUGGCUGUUGGCCUGUUGGGGAUAACAACUUACAAGAUGUAUGUGUAAAUGUGUAAUUUUGAAAAAAGGAUUGUAAGAGGAUUGUGUUCUUGAGUUUUGGUCGAAUUUUUAUGAUCCACAGACAAAAGGAACCCAUGAUAGAACUCCAUCAAAUGCAUUGCUCAGAUUCUUUUUGUUGUUUGUUAUAAUCACAUCAACUAACAUCUGUUUGAUUUCCUAUGGGGUGGAUUCAGUGAGUUGUAAUAAGAUAGAAAGCAAAAAUGCACAUGUAGAGAGUGGCAUGGCCAUUGAUAUGUUUUUUUGGGAUUGCUUAUUA